AUGAAGGAAAAGUCUAUAAUUUUGAAAAAUAUUUUAAAGAUUUUGUCAAAUUUUUUACCAUAUGGUGUAAUAGAAUCUUGGGAUGAUCUUAAUCCCAACCUUUAUGUCAGCGUUCACAUUUAUUGGCUAAAAUUUUACGGGAUGUGGUUUAAUAAUUAUUCGUGGAAAACAAUUAAAUUUUGGAUUCAGAUUUUAUACACGUUCAUAAUAUUUUGGCUCGUGUGUCUUUUGCCUGGUAUUGGUGAAAUAUACUACUUAUUGCAACGCCGAGAAAACAUUAGCCAUAUAGCAGAAGGAUUAUAUUUAUUUUUAAGUGAAAUGUAUACUUACUUCAAGAUAUUUGUUUUCUGGUAUAACAAAGAGAAAAUUAUGAACCUUUUAAAUUAUAUACAUUGCAAAGAAUUUGAACCUCAAGAACCAGAACAUAAAAUCAUUAUAAAGAAAACUAUUAAAAUGGCACGUUUUGUUAUGAAUGCAUAUACGCUCAUGUGCGUCGGGGCUGUCACUGUUGCAAUAUUGAUGCCACUAACUGAAAACUUUGAAAUUCUGCCGACUAAUGUUGAAUAUCCAUAUAUCAAUGUUUAUACAUCACCAGCUUACAGCAUUAUAUACCUGCACCACGUUUAUUAUAAGCCAGCUACUUGUAUCAUCGAUGGCGUAAUGGAUACUAUUCUUGCAGCGUUUAUAGCAUCUACACUUGGACAAAUUGAAAUUUUAUCUUUCAAUUUACUUAACUUUGAUAUGUUAGCAGAACGUCACCACAAAAGAGUUUAUCAAAAGUAUAAAAUCACCAGUUAUGUUUUCAAGAAAAUGUGUGUAAAAAAUGUCCUAAAGAAAUGUAUUAUUCAUCAUAAUGCCAUAAUUCGAUAUGUCUCAAUGAUAGAAGAUGCUUUCAGUUUAGCCUCGGCUCUUCAAUUUAUGCUUAGCGCUAUGGUACUUUGCUUAGUUGGUGUACAGUUUUUAUCAAUCGAAAACCCCUCUAGCCAUUGCAUGCAGAUAAUGUGGAUGGCCGUGUACUUAACUUGUAUGCUUACUGAAGUUUUCAUUCUGUGUUGGUUUGGAAAUGAAUUGAUUUUAAAGAGUUUGGAGCUACAAAAUGUUGCAUUCGCCUGUCCGUGGUUGGGCACUAAUUUGAAUAACAAACUGUUUAUAAUAAUUCUGAUGGAACGAUCCAAGCGACCUCUUCAAGUUACCGCUGGAAAAAUAUUUACUCUAUCCCUCAAUACAUAUACAAAUCUUAUCAACUGGUCAUACAAGGCGUUCGCUGUGAUGAGGAAUAUGAAAAAUAAUGUUGUGAUGUUUGAAGAGUAA